AUGGAAAAGAGGAAUAACGUCACUGUGUUUAUUCUGUUGGGCCUUUCCCAAAACAAGAGCAUUGAAAUUUUCUGCUUUGUAUUAUUCUUAUUUUGUUACAUUGCUAUUUGGAUAGGAAACUUACUCAUAAUGAUUUCUGUCACAUGCAGUCAGCUAAUUGGCCAACCCAUGUAUUUCUUCCUUAAUUACCUCUCUCUCUCUGACCUUUGCUACACAUCUACAGUGAUACCCAAACUGAUGACUGACUUGCUGGCAGAAAGGAAGACCAUUUCUUAUAAUAGCUGCAUGACACAGCUCUUUACCACACACUUCUUUGGAGGUGUUGAGAUCUUCAUCCUUACAGCGAUGGCCUAUGACCGCUAUGUGGCCAUCUGUAAGCCCCUACACUACACUAUCAUCAUGAGCAGGCAGAAGUGUAACACAAUCACCAUAACUUGUUGUUGUACUGGGGGAUUUAUACACUCUGCCGGUCAGUUUCUUCUCAUUGUCUACUUACCCUUCUGUGGCCCCAAUGAGAUAGAUCACUAUUUCUGUGAUGUGUAUCCUUUGCUGAAACUGGCUUGCACCAAUACAUACAAAAUCAGCCUACUGGUCAUUGUCAAUUCAGGUCUGAUUGCUUUGGUGACCUUCACGAUUUUGAUGGUGUCUUAUAUUCCAAUCUUAUAUACCAUCAGGGCUUACCCUGCUGAAAGCCGUACCAAAGCUCUUUCAACUUGCAGUUCUCACAUAACAGUUGUAGUCCUGUUCUUUGUGCCUAUCCUCUUCAUUUACAUUAGACCAGCUGUAACUUUUCCAGAAGAGAAAGUGCUUGCCCUUUUCUACACCAUCAUUGCUCCCAUGUUCAACCCUCUGAUCUACACGCUGAGAAAUAUGGAGAUGAAGAAUGUCAUGAAGAAGAUGUGGUACUAUCAAUUGUUUUUGGAACGAAAGUAG